CGAUACCCCCAUCGGAACUAUCACAUCUCAGCUCUACUGCGCUGUCCCACUUGAAAACAUCCAUCGAAAGUGUUGUUGUUCUGAUUAGAGCGCGGGUGCGAGUAAAUCAAACGAAACCGUUGGGUCCUUUAUUUGAAAGUAUAAAUAAAGCAGUCAGCGAGUAACAAAGCCAUAGGUUUACUCAUUGGAGUAUAAUGGCAUCCGGCGGCUUAGCAUGUGUAAAAUACUUGACAUUCUUUUGCAAUCUUCUUUUUGCGCUCACUGGACUUCUUAUUUUUCUGGUGGGAGGCAUGGUCCAACUAAACUAUGCACACUAUUCGAACUUCGUUAGCGAUCACAUCUGGACCGCUCCUAUUAUACUAAUGAUUGUUGGCGCCGCUGUAGCAGUCAUUUGCUUCUUGGGAUGUUGUGGAGCCUUGAAAGAGAGCAGCUGUAUGAUACUAAGCUUUGCCCUUCUUGCCGUCGUUAUAUUUCUCUUCGAGAUCGGAUUGGGCCUUGCUGGCUAUGUGAAGCAUACCGGUCUUCAUCAGAUUAUGGAGUUUCAGUUUAACUCGACCAUGCAGCACUACAAGGAACGGGCCGACUAUCGGGAUGCUUGGACUUUGCUGCAAACCGAGCUAGAUUGUUGCGGCACCAAUGGACCCAACGACUGGGAAAGCGUCUUUCCUAAUAGUACCCUGCCUGCGGCGUGCUGCUCUGUGAUUAAUUUAAGCGAGGCCAAGGAAUGUACAAAUGUUCACGCAACCCAACAUGGCUGCUUGCAGAAGCUUUUAGAGAUAUUGGAUUCGAAGACUUUGAUAUUGGCCUCCGUUGUUUUGGGAGUGGCGGGUAUUCAGAUGCUCACUAUACUGUUCGCUUGCUGUCUCUAUCGUUCGUUUCGCAGGAGCUACGAUCAUGUUUAGAAUGCGAAGCGAGGAUCCCGUAUGCCGCCUUUAAAAGGGAACAACAUUUUAUGUAGUCUGUAUGUAGUUGUCAUACCAUGCGUCACAAGAACUAUUGCAGAAAUUUAAUCAAAAAAAAUUCUAUUUCACUUGCCCAAUGACGGUACAUUGCUUAUUUAUAGCUGGGGCAUUUAUUGCAUUUUGUAUUAGUUCUUUUAAUAAUGCACAUGUAAAACUAUUGGCGAAUUCGAGGUUUUUCUUUGUAAGCUACCUUAGAGUCCUCUGAAGGUUAAAAAAAAAAAUAGGGUCUAACCAAUAAAACUUUGAUUUACUUUUUAAUUGAUAAUUGACACAUGUUUACAUGAAAUAAAAAUUAAAGUCACUUUGGUUCCAUUUUCAUAUUAGAAAAUCGCGUACGUACUUUAAUAUUUAAUAUUUUGAUAAAGUGCCCUUGUAGCGUUUAUAUAUGUACUACCUUCCUUCCUACACAUAAAUAAUGUAUUUUAUGUUAUAAUGUUUGCAAUAAGAAGAGCGAUCAAGUGCAUCUCUACACAGUAAAAAAUUAGAAGCAACUCACUCGCAUGUGUAAAUGGAAAAAUUAAACUUCUCUAUUUACCUUUUUUCUUUAAGUAUUUAACAUUUUCUUCAAAUGGUUCUCGAAACUGUAUGACAUAUUUAAGCUAAAUUUGAAAUGUGGCUUAAACUGUGGCUUGAGGAUGCAGAUAAUUAAAUUUCAUUUACAAAGACAAAACAUUAUGGAAUAUAACGACUGAUCUGUCUGACUUUCGAAAAUUUGGUAAUAUUUAAACACGGUUAUGGAAUUUGGCGUGAAAAUAUGACCAAAAGAAAGAUUGGGACAACCCAGAUGAAAGUUUGGUACUGCCAGUAUAACUAAUUACGUAAGAGAAAUUGAAAUGAACCAGACUGCUAGAAGUCUGAGAAAUAUAUCAAGAUGAAUAAAAUAAUUUUGCGCCAACGUCUAUUUAUAUGGUAUGUAGGUUUCAUGUAUUGCAUUUUCCUCAGAAAAGUGUAAUUUUUUUCUUCAUAAUACAUUGUAACACAUUGCACUCAAAUAAAGGCAAACAACAAAAAGAAAAAACCUAAAACAAAUGCCUAAAUAUAUCGAAUUUAAAAUUUUUAUAUUGAACUACAUUGUAGAUUAACUUUGAGGCUUUACAAUAAAACAACACUAAAACUAUUUACAUUUGUGUUAAUUGCAUCACAAAAUAGUACAUAAACGUCUACAUCCAAAUAUUAAUAUGGUAACACUUUAUUAUGUGUUUUUUUUGUUGUGAAUACGGUUUUUAACGAAAAUUCGAAGCACUUGAAUAAAUAUAUAAAUUCAAUUCAAAUCAGAAAAUUAGUUAUGAAUAUUUAUUCGCAUUAAGGCUGGGUUUUCGGUAUACUAAAUAUGUUAAAAAGUAUGUAAUAGGUAUAAGGAAGCGUACUGACCUAAAUAGAGAGGCAUCGUUGCCGAGAAUACCCACGAGCGCCAACUACUUACAUUUAUUACUUUCAACUCUGUGGUCCUGGUACGCCUUGAAAUCCAAAUUUAUUACGUUACACUACACGUAACGUGUAAUAUAUCUUAACAAAUUUGCACAGAAAUUACAACAAAAUUAAAUUUUUAAGCUGUUUUUUACUUUUUAACUAAUCUAGUUUUUUAUUCUAUUACUAAAUAGGUUAAGUAAUUUGUACGAAUUUGUCCAAUCGGAAAACCGUUUACUGCUGAUAUCCACUGCUACCUAAAUCAACAUAGUCUACAACUUAUUUACAUGUGAUAACGCAGGCACCGUCAUAAACCAGAGUUCCGGCUCUCGGACACGUUUUCACGCCAUCAGCCGGAUAACCCUUGACCUAAACAAAAUAAACAUCUGUGUCAAAUGCUGCAUUGAUUAACCUAUUGUAACCCAUAAUAAAACAUAUUUUUAAUUUAAAUUUGUACUAGACCUAAGUAAAUACUCUUUGAAUCCCAAAACAUAUAUAUCAACUCGAUGUAUUACCCAAUAAAAUCAGUACGAAAAGAAA